AUCCCGUGUAAGCGAAAGAGGAAGUUCAAGUCUGCCUGUAAAUAUAGAGAACUCAGAACAGCAGGCUAGAAGACUUCCUCCUUAAGUUAUCAAACGAGUCCUGAAAUGGCUUGGUCUGUUCGUGUGAUUCUCAUAGCCGUUUUAAUGGUUGUUACCGGCUCAAUCAACACGUUAUCGACGAAAUGGGCUGACAGACAAAAGGCGAUUGGAAAUCCAGAUGAUAAUGAACAUUCAUUUGAUCAUCCAUUCUUUCAGGCUGUUGGGAUGUUCCUUGGGGAGAUGAGCUGCCUUGUGGCUUACGCUAUAGUGCUGAUGAGGAAGCGUCAUCAGGGUGACCGGGAGUAUGGGAGUCGAUGGGUGAACCCUCUUGUCUUUGCUCCACCAGCCAUUUGUGAUAUGUGUGGUACCUCUCUGAUGUACAUAGGUCUUACUUUGACUUAUGCCUCAAGUUUCCAAAUGCUCAGAGGUGCAGUAAUCAUUUUUACAGCUCUGCUGUCUGUGGCUUUUCUGGGACACAACAUCAAGGCAAGGAUGUGGGCAGGAAUGAUCACCGUCAUCUUGGGUCUGGGUGUCGUGGGCGUGUCCGAUGUUGUGUUUGGUGACAAAAAAUCCAAAGAUAUCAACGGAAUAAUAGCAGGAGAUUUACUAAUCAUCAUGGCCCAGAUCAUUGUUUCGGUACAGAUGGUUUAUGAAGAGAAGUUUGUGGCACGGUACAGGGUCAGUCCAUUGCUGGCUGUAGGGUAUGAAGGUCUGUGGGGAUUUAUCAUACUAGGAAUAUUGUUGGUACCGUUUUACUUCAUACAUGCCCCGGUGUUCAGUAAACUUCCAAGCCACAGACUGGAGGACCCACUCGAUGCCUUCCGGCAGAUCAGCAAUAACUGGCAAAUAGCCGCAGCUGUUAUAGGUAACAUAGUUAGUAUCGCUUUUUUCAACUUUGCCGGGAUUAGCAUCAUGAAGUCACAGAGUGCUACUACCCGCAUGGUACUGGAUAGUGUAAGGACAUUGUCUAUCUGGGCAGUAACGCUGGCUUUAACAUGGCAGACUUUUGAAGGUUUACAAGUGUUUGGUUUCGUGUUGCUGAUUGUGGGUAUGUGUCUGUAUUACAACAUCUUCGUCCCGACCAUAAUGAAACAUCUGCCGUGUAAUCGUCAGGCGGCCGCCACAGAGGAAGAGAACGAGCCAAUCCUACAACAGAAUGCUCCAGGAAUACAAGAAAAUGCCUAGAAGUACCUGCCAUUUGGAAUGGAUACCAAUCUUACUAUCAUAAUGAUCAUGGUAGCACUGAGAACAGUGGGAAUCACAUAUUCUAAAUCAAAAUAUGGACAUAGUGACUUAGGGAAAAGUAUACUUUGGACCUUACAUAAAAAAUGUGAACAACACUUUAAAGGUAUAUCCAGUGAACGAAGUAUAGUGUAUACUUUGUUGUAGUCCUUCCAUUAUAAAGUCAAUGGAUGUUUAGAUGUUAUUAUGGUGCUAUAUAUAGCAGGGAAUCCUGGUGAUGCUUAAUCCAGUAUACAGUAAACUGGAUGUAAAGAUGUGUUUGUGAUACUAUAUGUAGUAGGUAAUCCUUGUGUUACUAUAUAUAGUAGGGAAUCCUUGUGAUACUAUAUAUAGUAAGGAAUCCUUGUGAUGAUAUAUAAAAUAGGGAAUCCUUGUAAUACUAUAUAUAGUAGGGAAUCCUUGUGAUGCUAUAUAUAGUAGGGAAUCCUUGUGAUGCUAUAUAUAGUAGGGAAUCCUUGUGAUGCUAUAUAUAGUAGGGGAUCCUUGUGAUGCUAUAUAUAAUACGGAAUCCUUGUGAGGAUAUAUCCAGUAAACUGGAUGUAAAGAUGUGCUUGCAAUACUACACUGUAUAUAUAGUAGGGAAUCCUUGUGUUCUUAUUUAAUAGUAAUGUCUAUGAUGCUAUAUUUAGAAGGGAAUCCCUGUGAUUCUACAGCAUAUGAAUUAUGUUUUUUUUUUGUGUAGAAAAUGGUUUGUUUGAUCAGUUUUACAGUGCUGGGGCAGGACCACACAAUUUCACUGUCACAUGAAGACCACCUGUUUGAUAUUAAUAUAUAGGCAGCCAUUAAGAUUAAUCUUGAUCAGGUGGAUAAAGUAAGAGGGAGUAUUGAUUCAGCUAUUUACUGACAUUCCAGAUUUAUUUGUAUUUGUGCCCUCGGCAAAUACAGAACAGAGGAUCAAUACAUUGUCUAUUACCGUAUUUAUCCUCAAAUAAGCCCCCUCCCCUGGUGUAAAAGUUUAUUACCAUAUAUAUCCUCAAAUAAGCUCCCUCCACUUGUGUAAAAGUUUAAUACCAUAUUUAUCCUCAAAUUAGCUCCCCCACUGGUGUAAAAGUUUACUACCAUAUUAAUCCUCAAAUAAGCUCCCUCCGCUGGUGUAAAAGUUUACUACCAUAUUUAUCCUCAAAUAAGCUCCCUCCCCCUAUUGUACAGGUUUAUUACUUUGAUACAUGUAAUCCUCAAAUAAGCUCCUUCGCCUAGAGUACAAGUUUAGAACCAUAUUUAUUCUCAAACAAGCCCCCUCCGACGCAUUGGUAUAAAAGUUUAAAGUUUGGGGAGGGCUUAUAUGUGAACCACUUUAAAAUUAUUGUACACAGUUUUAAAAUUGAUGAUUUUGCAACAAGAAAGCAGAGCUUAUUUGUGAGGAGGGGCUUAUUUUGGGAUAAAUACAGUAUUCUUGUACGAGUGCAUUUUAUUUAUGCAAUACUAGACCAUACAGAUCACAUACAUUUAUUUCUAUUAACAUAUUAGCCCUGGAUUCUAUACACUGAAGGGGCCGUGGUGGCCAAGUGGUUAAGGUAUCUUGACACUAUCACUUAUUUAAGCCCUCCACCUCUGGGUGUCGAGUUUGAAACCCACAUGGGGCAGUUGCCUGGUACUGACUGUAGGCCGGUGGUUUUUCUCUGUGUACUCAGGCUUUCCACUACCUCCAAAAACCAGGCACGUCCUUAAAUGACCCUGGCUAAUAGGACGUUAAUAAAACUCAAUCAAACUACAGUGUAUACACCUUAACUUGACUGAGAGGCUUUAUAAUAUCGGAGUCAUAUUCUUCUUAUAAAUAUAAAUUCACAGGUCAAGUAUAUGUCUUAUAGCCUAUUAUUUUACAUUUGCAAAACAAAUAUAUUAACUUAUAUUAAUCAUACUUCUUGUACCGGAUGGAAAUGUGCAAGAGGUCUUCCUGUGGGAGGAAACCGGAGUGCCGCUUUGGUGAAAGGCAAGUGACGAAGUAACAUUGUUUAUUUAACAAUAAAUACCAGGUAGUCUAUAAGGUCUCAAUCAUUGUCUUACUGUCUCUGUGAUGUUUAAUAUGUUUUAAAUGUUAGUUAGUAUUGAUGAUUUUGUUGUCUUUAUCCUUGUUUGUAGUUUUGUUGAAAUGAAAUCGAGAGGAAAAUAUAGGUACAAUCCCUCAUGUUUAUUGACCCACUUUUAAGUGGAUUAUAGAAAGCAGGUGUUUACAUGGCUAGUGACUCUUUGGUGUUUGAUUGCCAUGUUCGUAUUCCUGUUAAAUCUGACGGGAGUAUUGUGGUAGAGUGUCAUUCAUACGGAUGUCAAGAGAUCUCUUCCUGCAUUUUUUAAACCAAUCUUUUUGAAAUUUGGUAUGCAUUAAAUACCGUUUUGUUUCCCUGAAUGGCAUUUGGAUUCGAUUCUGUUUGCAAACUUAUUGUCCUUUCUUUCAGUACUAGAUUAUUCAUUUUUGUCUGGGGAUCUCCUACAUUUUUUCAACAAAUUUCUUUGAAACUUGGUUGGCAUUAAAUGUAUAACCAUGGUAUAUACGUGUAGUUGUGUUUCUCUGAACAGCAUUUUGAUUCAACUAUUUUAUUUUGAUUGAGUGCUUGAAUUUUUUCUGUUGAUUUCUUUUUGAGACUUGGUAGUCUUUAUAAUCAUGAUACCAUGUCGUGUUUAAUGAGUUGGAGACUAACUUCUGAUUAAUUGUAUUCCUAAAACUCGAAAAUUAAACAGUGACUUUGUUUAGUGAAAGGUUAGAGGCAUGCCACCCAAGCACUCCUAAGGUGAUAAAAAUCUCUUAACGCAAGAUAGUAUAUAACACAGCUAAAUGGCAUUUGAUGGGCAUAUAUUGUUCUGCCCCACGGCACUCUUAAUUAGCUUAAUAAUCUACAAGGGACUAUUUUAAUACAUUUUUACUAUUUUCAAUGACUCAAAGUCAAAUGUUCACUGUGAAUUGUAACUGUAUCAUGAAAUAUUUGUAUUCUUUGUGAUAACAUGAUACAUUUUGUGAAUUAAACAUUGCAUAUUU